AUGUCAACUACCUUUCCAGGACUCGUCCACGAUGCGGAGAUACGUCACGAUGGAUCAAACAGUUACCGUUUGAUGCAGCUGGGAUGCUUGGAGUCUGUGGCCAACUCCACCGUCGCCUACUCUUCCUCGUCGCCGCUCACCUAUUCCGGCACCGGCACUGAGUUCGCCACCCCCUAUUUCUCUGCCAACCACCAAUACGCUCCCUUACACCACCAGUCCUUCCACUACGAGUUCCAACACAGCCACCCGGCGGUUAACCCCGACGCCUACUCCUUGAAUUCGCUCCACCACUCGCAGCAAUACUACCAGCAGAUCCACCAUGGAGAACCCGCCGACUUCAUCAAUUUGCACAACGCCCGGGCGCUCAAAUCCUCCUGCUUGGACGAGCAGAGGCGCGAACUUGGGUGUUUAGACGCUUACCGCCGGCACGACCUCUCUCUUAUGGGCCAUGGCACCCAAUAUGGGAUGCAUCCAGAUCAAAGGCUUCUGCCGGGACCAAGCCUUGGGCUGGCGGCCUCGGGAGCGGACGAUUUGCAGGGUUCGGUGGAGGCCCAGUGUGGGCUAGUAUUGAAUGGACAAGGUGGGGUGAUAAGGAGAGGUGGCACGUGUGUCGUUAAUCCCACGGAUCUCUUUUGCUCAGUUCCCGGUCGCUUGUCCUUACUCAGCUCCACUUCCAAAUACAAAGUGACCAUUGCAGAAGUGAAACGGCGAUUGUCUCCACCAGAAUGUCUCAAUGCCUCUCUUUUGGGAGGGAUUUUGAGAAGAGCAAAAUCCAAAAAUGGUGGGCGGUGUUUAAGAGAGAAAUUGGACAGACUGGGCCUCAAUCUGCCUGCUGGAAGGAGAAAAGCAGCCAAUGUCACCCUCUUGACAUCCUUGGUGGAAGGAGAAGCGUUGCACUUGGCCAGGGACUUUGGCUAUACAUGUGAAACUGAAUUCCCAGCCAAGGCAGUUGGAGAACAUCUUGCCAGGCAACACAUGGAACAGAAGGAACAGACAGCAAGGAAAAAAAUGAUCCUAGCCACGAAGCAAAUAUGUAAAGAAUUCCAGGAUCUCCUAAGCCAAGACAGGUCACCUUUGGGUUCCUCAAGACCUACUCCAAUAUUAGAUCUGGAUAUUCAGAGACAUUUAACACAUUUCAGUUUGAUUACUCAUGGCUUUGGAACUCCUGCGAUUUGUGCUGCCCUAAGCACUUUCCAAACUGUUCUAAGUGAAAUGCUGAACUACUUGGAAAAACACACAGCACACAAAAAUGGUGGAGCAGCAGAAUCUGGCCAAGGACACAGCAACUCAGAGAAAGUCCCACUGAGGAAAACGUCAGAGGCAGCAGUGAAAGAGGGAAAAACAGAAAAGACAGACUAG